AUGCCACGAUUAAACGAAUUCACAUUUAAUAUUUGUUCAAUUAUUUGUCUUCAUCUUGCGGAUCAGCCGAUUAAUUUACCAUCAAACGAUGAUAUUCAACAUACAUUUCGAAAUUUUCAAAAUAGUCAAAUUAUUUCAUCUGUUUAUUAUUUUAACUCAAACUAUUUUUAUUGUCAUAUUUAUUCAUAUCCAUAUACAUGGAUAUUUUAUCAUAAUAUAAGAAAUAAUUUUCCUGGUGGAUUAUUCAAAUGUGUUCGUGAAAUAUCAUUACUUGAUGAACGUCCAUUUGAACAUGAUUUUUUGCUUCGAAUUGCUCAAUCAUUCCCAUCUAUUAAAAAAUUAAGUUUAGAGAAUUAUGAACCGCAACAAAAUAACCAUCUUCAAUGGUCAAUAAUUAGAUAUUCUCAUCUUAUUCAAAUUGAUCUUGCUAGAACUCAUGAAGAUUAUAUUGAAGAAUUUUUAAACAAUACAAAGAUAUGUUUAUUAAGUAAUGUUCACCUUCGUGUAUCUUAUGGUUGUUUAAAAAAAGUAACGGACAAUUUUACAAGAGAUGCAACACGUAUUAAUUGUUCCAAAAUCAGUCGUCUUGUAGUACUUGGCUACACAAAAAAUCUUUCAAAAUUAAAAGACUAUUUUCCUCAUGCAAAAAUCUGUUGA